AUGGAAGGGCCCAAGUUAAAGGGCGCGGCGAGAUGUGCGGCAGUGGAGAAGGUUGAGUCUAAAACACAACUGUCAAUAGCCAUAUCUGAGAAGCAUAAGGCACAACUGCGAGAGGCGUUUGAUUUCUUUGACUCAGACGGUACUGGCCGCAUCAAUGCGCAGGAUGUUAAAGUUGCUUUUUGCGCUCUUGGCUAUGAGGUGGGGAAGGAGGAGUUAACUCACCUCCUUCGACAGGUUGGCGCGUCCACUACUGGAGUGAUUGACUUCAAUGAUUUUUACAGCGUUAUUAUCGCGAAAAUAAUGCAACGUGAAAAUCGUUCUGAGGCUAUACGUGCCUUCAAAUUAAUAGAUACAGGUGAGAAGGGGUAUAUAAAUGUAGAUGAUCUUCGUCCCAUCGCUGCCUCGCUACAAAUGAACUUGACAGAUGAUGAAUUGGCGGAGAUGGUUCUCUUCGCACAUCCUUCUGCAACGUACAGUAAAGCUGACACGGAAAUGAAGGACCCUCUCACAGUGAGCGAGGAGGAGUUCCUGAAGCUAAUGAAUCGAGCCCAUGUGUACUAA